GACAGCCACACAGACUCCUCCCAUUCCGCGCUUUCGUCCAAUCACCGCGGCCUAUUCGACCGGAAGUUUGGAACGAAUUGUACGCGGGAAUUUACUCUUCAGCUGGACAACGGGGGGAGGUCAGUGUCGGAUAUAAACAAUGAAGGUGGUAACGUGUGAGAUUGCGUGGCACAACAAGGAGCCCGUCUACAGCCUGGACUUCCAGCACAGUUCAGAUGGACGCAUCCAUCGGCUGGCGACAGCUGGAGUGGACACCACAGUCAGACUGUGGCGGGUGGUCAGCGGCCCGGACGGGAAGGCAGUGGUGGAGUUUCUUUCUAAUCUGGCUCGACAUACCAAAGCUGUCAAUGUAGUGCGCUUUAGCCCCAAUGGAGAGAUGCUUGCCUCCGGAGGAGACGAUGCGGCAAUUCUGCUGUGGAAGCUCAAUGACUCAAAGGAGCCUGAGCAGGCACCCCUGUUCCAGGAGGAGGAAGAUGCUCAGCUGAACAAGGAGAGUUGGUCUGUGGUCAAGACUUUAAGGGGACACAUAGAGGACGUGUAUGACAUCUGCUGGACACGGGAUGGAAACUUCAUGGUGUCUGGGUCUGUUGAUAACACCGCUAUUAUGUGGGACAUCAACAAAGGACAGAAGCUGUGCAUCUUGAAUGACCAUAAGAGCUACGUGCAGGGGGUCACCUGGGAUCCUCUGGGGCAAUAUGUAGCCACGCUCAGCUGUGACAGAGUGAUGCGUGUGUACAGCACUCACACCAAAAAGAAAGCCUUCUCUAUCAGUAAAAUGAGCUCUGGGCCACUUGCAGAAGGAGAGGCCAAGCAGCACAGAAUGUUCCACGAUGACAGCAUGAGGUCGUUUUUCCGGCGCCUCUCAUUCACACCUGAUGGGUCUUUCUUGCUAGCCCCAGCUGGAUGUGUGGAGCUUGGAGAGAACAUCAUCAAUACCACCUACAUCUUUUCAAGGAAGAGCCUCAAGAGGCCUAUUGCCCACUUGCCGUGUCCAACUAAAGCUACUCUGGCUGUGCGCUGCUGCCCCGUCUACUUUGAACUGAGGACCAAGACGGAAGAAGACGGUUCAGCUCAGGUUCUCCCCGACGUAUACCAGUUGCCGUACCGCAUGGUGUUUGCUGUGGCAUCUGAGGACUCCAUCUUUUUGUACGACACGCAGCAGACGAUUCCUUUCGGCCUGGUUUCUAACAUCCAUUACCACACACUCAGCGAUCUUACAUGGUCCCGUGACGGUUCCUUCCUGGCAGUGUCCUCCACAGACGGCUACUGCUCCUUCCUGUCCUUCUCUCCUGGGGAGUUGGGCACUCCCCUGAAGGAGCCCCCCACCCUGGAGAUGUUUGUCCCGAGCAGUGGUGUUGAGAAAAAGGGCAAGAAGUCCUCAGCGGCUAGGACUUCAUCUCCUUUGACACCGAGCUCAGCCCUGACUCCCACAUCCCAAACCAGCGUUGGCAAAGAUGUCCCCUCUGUCACCCCCCCAGAGGAGAAGAAGAGCACCCCGAGUGCCAAGUCCAAACCUCAGCCUCGUAGGAUCACCCUCAACACCCUGGAGGGGUGGGGGAAGCCCUCCACCGCUAAGACCACAGCUCCUUCAGCACCUCAGACUCCAACAUCUGCAAGCACCAGCGCGCCCUCUCCUCCCCAACCCUGUGUCCCCCCUCUCACCCCGACCAGCUCCAAGACACAGCCACGCAUUGCCCCCCUCACUCCCUCCACCCCGAAAGCCCUCAACAGUGCUAAUAGUGCUGGCUCCACCACUCCCAAGGGUCCAACCACCCCAAAGGGGCCCACCCCAAGGAGAGUGUCUCUGACUCCCGUUGCAUCCCGAUCUCCAGCUAUCAGUUCACUCUUUCGCACUCCCUCCUCCACUGAGAAAGCCAAACAUGAACGUCCUUCUCCUCCCACCGAUCCAGUGUGCCAGCCUCCAGAGUCCAAACGGCCGAAGACCGAUGAGCCCCCAGUAAAGACCAGUGCCACCCAGACUUAGUGUCUAAUGGGACCAGUGUGGCGCUGCGAUAUCAGAGAAGAGCGCAUACAGCACAGGGCGACAGUUACAGAACCAUGGAGGCUCCUCCUGGAGGCACCCGCCAUGUGGGUCGACAGACUUGAUUUAAGUAGAUGAAGUUUUCAGCCCACAUAAUGUAGUCGUUAUUAAGCCAAACAGCAUUGCAGUAAGUGUCCUUGAAUUCAUACUUAUUGUAGUCGUGUGUGUUUUUGUAUCAUACCGUAAACAGAUAAUUGUAUUAUAUUUGGUUUGUUUUACAUUUAGAAGCUCAAGUGUGGUUGUAACAAAGGGAAGGUUUUGUUGCAUUUCUUUUUUUUUUUUUUUAAACAUUUUUUGAAACAAACGGCUCAAAACCUGAAGAAGAAAGAACACAAGCACUUCAAAGUUUAGUGUCUUGUGAGAGCUUUGCAUACACGACCCGAGUCUUAAUGUGAUGCAUCCCAUAGCAGCUUGAGGGUAAAGUUCAAAAUUGUCUUUCUCUCAUUGUCUAAUAAAAGAUGUUUUGUA